AUGUUGCAGGCCUUGGCCGGAGGCAGGGCCUUCGUGCGGAUGGCUGAAAGGGAGCCCAUCCCGCACGACAAGAUGCAGGGGCUGGCGUGGGAGCAGAUGCAGAGGGAGAGAGCGUUCAGCAUAUGGCAGGAGUGGGAGGAGUCGGACAUCGAGUCGGCGCUCAUGGUGAUGCAGUCGCUCAUGACGGCGGGGAUAGAGGCUUUCGAGCAGGAUGACAUCAUGAAGGUUCUGAACGAGUGCGGAUGGGACAAGAACGAGGCCUUCACGAAGCUGAAGAGUAUGCAUGCUGAGCGACAGGGUAGAGGGAAGAAGCAGAAGGUGGAAGUGCUGGAUCCCUUGCCGUCUAGCUCGAGUCGGCAGCCUGUGGAACAUGUUUCUACCAAGGAGGUGCAGGCUAAGGAUAGUGAGGACGGACAUCGAUCGGGUACGAGCGGCGGGAAGGAUCGGAAGAGAAAGGAGCAUGAAGAAGAGUUCAAGAUCGGGCAGCUGAUAGAAGCAAAGUACAGAGGAGGGAAAAAGAUGUAUCCUGGGAUCAUAUCAGCUAUCUGGCCGGGAGGCAAGUACAACAUCACGUACGAUGAUGGAGACAGGGAGUUCGGGGUCGACAAGAAGAUGAUUCGGUUGUGUAGAGACUACGACUGGUGUAAGAAGCAGGAGCUGAACGUGCUGGAGGUGGGGGAGCGGGUGUAUGGCCGUUGGAACCACAGCAAGGGAGAGAAGUUGUGGUACCUGGGGAAGGUGGUCCAAGUUGAAAGCACGGAGGGAGGAGGACGGUACACGAUCCAAUACGAUGAUGGAGACAGGGAGCCCAAUGUGAAGAGGAUGAACUUGCAAACGGCGGAGGAGCGGAAGAAUGCAAGUGUUCACUGUGCUCCUGCCAUGUCCACCGGUGUGGUGCAAGAGGCCAGCGCAGAACUUGAUGAUGGAGUGAUGUGCGAGCUGGAGGGACUGUUUUCACGGUCAGUGAGAAAGAAAAGGACGAUCUUCAACGCUGCGAACGAGGACGAGGAGGGAGAUGAUGGGACGAAGAAGAGGAAGAGGAAGAGGGUUAAAGAGCAAUCCGACUUCAUCGGCGUCAAGAGACUGCUGGAGGGCGUGAAGAGGGGGAGGAAGUGGGAGGCGUUCAUCGAGGUAGAGCAAGAAAAGCACAGGCUGGGAGCGUACAAGGAGGAGAGGGAGGCGGCAAGGGCGUACGACAUGGCGGCGAUGCGCUUCUUCGGGACGAGCGCCAUGCUGAACUUUGCCUCCUCGCGCAAAGGGUACGAGCCGACUCCCGAGCUGGAGGAUGUGCUGGAAGAGAUCAGAGGGCUGUACAAGGUGAAGGUGAAGGAGGAGGAGGAGGAAGGAGGCGAGGCGAACAUGGACGCAAGGGUUGCAAACGAGCGCACCAAGAUACAAGAUGACUCCAAGAAGAUUUCAGAGGCUACAACGAAAGUGACGGGUAGGAAGGAGGAGGAACAAAACCUGAAGGAUAGAGAGGAGAAGAAGAAUCUGAUCAUCGAUGAUGACGAUGAUUUGUGCUUGUCUGAAGAGAUCCCCCUCGCGAAACUUUACAGCAAAAAGAGUUUGCGAGAGGUUGAGGAGAAGGCAGAAGCAAAAGAACCCAGAUCGGAGAGCAAAAGUGAUGAUGUUUCUGGGAAGAUGGCAGGCAAGAAAAGUGCUAAGAAUCAGGAUGAAGACAAGGAGGGGAAGAGCGAUGAAGCUAUGAAUCCUCAAAAGUUGCAGAAGAACGAACUCAAAGAAAUGAGAGAGAUGAAAGAAAAGAAGGAACGAAAAGACGAGAAGGACGAUGAUGAGAAGAAGGAAGCGAAAGAAGAGAGUGAGAAGAGGAUUGUGACAGUCAAGGCAAUGAAGGACAUGAAGGACAAAGAUGUUUCGAGCAAGCAUGUCACCAAGCUGAAAGAUCUCAGCAAAGUCAACGGGGUGCAGAUCAAAAAGCUCCCAAGGGAAGAGAAGAAGGAGAAUGCUUUCAAACGCGAUGAGACAAAAUCCAAUCAUUCCAACAAGCCUCACGAGAAGGAGGCAAAGCAGAAGCGGAAGUUGAGACUUCAAGUGGAAAGUGACGACGAUGACCAAGUCAUGUCAGUCAAUACCAAGAAGACUGUGAAAAUCGACAAGAAAAAUCCUUUCAAGGAGAAGACCGCUGUUCAGCAAGGAGGAACGAAUGUAGAACAAGUCAUGAACGACCGGGCAACAACGGCAGUGAAAGAUGUACAGGAAACGAUGUUGAGCGCAACUGUGUUGCAAGGGAAGAAGUCGAAGAAGAAUAACAGCGAAGGUCAGCUGAGCGAAACAAGUAAGACGCAUUUGGGAAAUCAAGGAGGAAAAGGUAGCGCGAGAAGAGAAGGAGAAGAGAAAAUCGCACAGGACAAGACAACCAAGGGCAGUACCCAACCUGAAACUGAAAUGAAUCCAGAAGGCUCUUUGCAAUCGAAAACCAACGUUAAUCCAGAUCGGACGAAACCGAAAGAGCGAGAAAUCAAACUCAGCACUAAAUCAGCAUUGAAGGGAAAAAUUUCCUCAUCCAAGACUUUUGAGCAGAAUGAUGUGACCAUCGCCUUCGAGAAAACACAUGAAAUCAGUACAACCUUGCUUGAAACCGAUCCAACCUCAUCAGAGAACAAAAGUGUACAGCAACGGGAAGUCGAUACUAGCAUGUCAAACCCAGCACAAGUCAGCGUGUCAACAAGCUCGCAAGCACCUCAGAGCAACAAGCAGGAUGAUUGCUCGAUACCAACAGAUGUUAAGAUCCCAUCACAACCUGACGGCUCCCUUCCCAGCAGAGAAGUGUUCUUGUCCUUGCUUGAUCCCAUCUCGAACGAACUCAUGACACACCCUUGCAAAGGCGCCGAAUGUUCUCAUCAGUCGUGCUUUGACAAGCCUUCGUUCUUGAAAUCAAAGAAAGUCAACAUCCCGAAUGAGAAGAAGUGGGAGUCAAACAUCAAGACUGUCAUAAGGUGA